AUGACGCGCCGCCACGCGCCCGCCACCGCCCGCCACCUGCGCCACCAGGUGGCAGGGCUCCCUGGGUCCAUGAAGCCCUUCCCCUCCCCAAGGCGUUCCUUCCACACCGAGGGCGCUGCCAGGCCCACCUUUUUAAUCUUGGGUGCUGCCGAGAGUGGAGAGCGGAGAGGAGGCGCUCUCCCACCUAAGGACGGGCACAGAAGGCAUCCUGGGAAAUCGGACCGGCGGGUGGAGAAGUGUGGGGAGCGCGUGCCAAGCAGCAUGAGCAAGCACGUGCAAAGGCCCAGAGGCGUGACCAGCAGAUGUCUGCGUGGCAGCAAAUGGCUUCCAUACCCCUGGUCCAUUCAGGGGACCAGCCAGACAGAGGCUGGCUUCAACCCCAGUCUGGAUUCCCAAGAAGCCAAACUACAUUUCCCAGCCCCCCUGGCAGGUGGUGGGGGCCUCGCCACGGAGUACCGGCCGACGGAAGUUGAGAGGGAAAAUGUGCAGAAGAGAACCUUUACUCGAUGGGUAAAUCUCCAUCUAGAGAAGUGCGACCCACCCCUAGAAGUUAAAGAUUUAUUCAUUGAUAUCCAAGAUGGCAAAAUCCUAAUGGCUUUGUUAGAAGUCCUGUCUGGGCGGAAUCUGCUGCAUGAGUACAAGUCCUCAUCCCAUCGUAUUUUCCGGUUGAACAACAUAGCGAAAGCACUUAAGUUUUUGGAAGAUAGCAAUGUCAAACUGGUUAGCAUCGACGCAGCGGAAAUAGCAGACGGCAACCCCUCUUUGGUUCUUGGGCUGAUAUGGAACAUAAUUCUCUUCUUCCAGAUUAAGGAGCUCACGGGCAAUCUCAGCAGAAACUCGCCGUCUUCCAGCCUGUCACCCGGCUCGGGGGGCACAGACUCAGAUACUUCCUUCCCACCCACGCCCACCGCGGAGAGGAGUGUGGCCAUAUCUGUGAAAGAUCAGAGGAAGGCUAUCAGGACCCUGCUGGCGUGGGUGCAGAGGAAGACGAGGAAGUAUGGCGUGGCGGUGCAGGACUUCGCGGGCAGCUGGAGAAGCGGGAUGGCUUUCCUGGCCGUGAUCAAGGCCAUCGACCCCAGCCUGGUUGACAUGAAGCAGGCUCUGGAAGACUCCAUGCGGGAAAACCUGGAGAAGGCCUUCCGCGUGGCGCACGAGGCCCUUCACAUUCCCAGGCUCCUGGAGCCAGAAGACAUCAUGGUUGACACGCCAGACGAGCAGUCCAUCGUGACUUACGUGGCACAGUUUCUGGAACAUUUCCCGGAGCUGGAAGCUGAGGAUCUCGUGGAUUCGGAUAAAGAAGCCCCUAUUGAAUCCACCUUUGUCCACAUCAAAGAAACCCCUUCUGAACAGGAGAGCACCUUCUUCCUUCUGACGGAGAACGGGGAGCGAGCUUACACCGUCAACCACGAAGCCAGCCACCCGCCGCCCUCCAAAGUCUUUGUCUGUGACAAGUCCGAGGGCGCGAAAGAAUGCUACCUGAGUGUCAUGCCCAGCCAGGCGCUCUCAGACAGCUCCACUGACUUCAUGCACCAGAUCAUCGACCAGGCCCUCCAAGAGGUCCCGGGGAAGGCCAGCAGCACUGGUGAGCCAUCUCCGGAAUCUUCCAUUUUAUCCUCCAGAAAGGACAACCGGAGGUCCAACUCUUUGCCAAUCAAGAAGACCGUGCACUUUGAGGCUGACACCUACAAGGAGGCUUCCUGCAGUAAAGACCCUUUCUACAGUCAAGACCUUCGCUUUGAGGGGAACCCGAGAGGGACAAAGGACUCGCUGAAGCAGGAUGGGGACGUCCUGGCAGCUGAGAUUGCCGAGGAAAAGCCGAAGCAGGAAGCCCCGAAGAUUCCGGAAGCGGCCUCUGAUGAGUCACCGGGGGUCGAGUCUUUGGUGGACAGGAAGAUCAAUCAUUCGCAGACUUCGGAGAGUUGUCCCUCCUGGAACGGGGCACCAGAGGGUGCGGCCGGUGGGGGGAAGGAGAGCCGUCCCCUUUCACCCCUCGGGGACAACGCGGUUAUGGCCGAUUCCUUGGAGAUCAAGGUCCAGCUGCUGACCGUAGAAGCUAUGGCUGAGGAAGACUAUUUUGAAAGCACACCUUUAAAGGCCUCUAAGUUCAACAGCGACCUAAUAGAUUUUGCCUCAACCAGCCAGGCCUUCAAUGAGGUUCCUCCGCCUCGUGAGAAAAGACCUGUCGAGGAAGAGGUUCCAGAGGAUCACGCUGAGAAAUUGGGAAAGAGGAGAAGCAAAUCUGCGCACCAGCGCAAAGACUCGGAUGAGUCCCCAGAGAGGCCGGACAAGCAGGAACCCCACAAGGACCCUGGGCAAGAGGACCCAGGCUAUUCUUUGGCCCCCGAGGAGGCACCGGUGGAAAAAAAGCCAGAGGUGUACGAGAAGCCCAAGCGCAAGUCCGCGCGGCGCCGUCGGGGCGAGGACGAGGGGGAGGCCGAGGGGCCGCAGGGCCCGGACGGCGAGCUCCCCUCUGACCCUCCGAGUGGCAGCCUCAGCCUGGAGACCCUGCACAGCCGCAGCCAGGAAGGCCUGGACUUCAAGCCCUCCCCGCCGCUGUCCAAGGUCUCCGUCAUUCCCCACGACCUUUUCUACUACCCGCACUACGAGGUGCCCCUGGCUGCGGUUCUAGAGGCUUAUGCGGAAGGCUCAGAGGACCUGAAACACCAAGACCUGGAUCUGGAGGAGCCGGAGGACUAUCUGCAUGACCUGGGGGCCGGGGCUGAGGAAGCCAAGGAGGCCGAGGUCUCUUGGAACAGCUGUAUCUUCUCGGGGCCGGACGAGGAGGGCCCUGAGGCCAGCAUCCCGGCCCCGAGUACCGACAGGGGUGCAGAGGGCACCAGACCAGCCUCGGAGCCCGCACCCCCAGCCCCUCCAGAAGGCCACCAGCCAGGGGAGGCCGAAGAGAGCGGCCCUGUGGAGAGCCAUCAGUCCCAGGAAUCUGAAAACUCGGGAAACUUAGCAAACUCUUUAGAAGAAAAGGUAACGGGAGAGUCAAUCAGCAGUAAAAAAAAGGAAAAAAGGAAGCACGUGGACCACGUAGAAAGUUCAAUAUUUAUAGCACCCGGCACCGUCCGAUCCUCAGAGGACCUAGAAGGAGACACGGGUGACCACAAAGUCCUUUCCAGGACUAGUCACAGUGACUCCAGCAUUUACAUUCGACGACAUACUAACAGGUCUUUGGAAUCGGACCACUUUAGCUAUGUUCAGUUGAGGAACGCGGCAGAUCAGGAUGACAGAAGAAACCGAAUGUUAACCAGGUACAAUACUCAGAAGCUCACUGAGCUGAUAUUACAGUUUUAUGGCAUCAGAGCAGAUAUGAAGAAGGAAUGCAAACAUACCAGGAUGUCUAUGAAAGUAUUUCUUGCUGUUCGAGAACUAGCUGGCCUUGUCCGAUAUUGCCGAAUUGGCAUAAAACCGCCCACUUAG